AUGCAAUCGCGAUUAAUAAAGAUAACUCAAUUUUUUUAGCAGGGUGUGGCAUGUAAAUUAAAGUAUUUGAUCUCAAAUAAGGAAAAUUAAAUGAAUUAUAGCUCUUAAGUUAUCAUUAACAAGAUGGUUUAACAUUAAAACUUUAUGAAGAAAUCAAAUAAUUUUGUAUCUGGAAGUACAGAUAAGUCAAUUAUAAUAUGGUACAUGAAUCAGAAUAAUUAAUGGAAAUGCUAACAAAAAUUGGAUGGACAUUCUGAUGCUAUUGGUGUUUAUUAUUGA